UUUUGGCAUGAUAAUAACCAUGAACUGAUUAUUAUUGAGGCUCCAUGACUAAUAUGUGGGGAUCAUUAUACUCGUCAUUUUCCUUUUAUGUAUAUUUGGAAUUUUCUGUAAUGAAAAAAAAAAGCAAGGAGAAAGCAUAAAGCCAUUCAUAACGUUAACCUAGCCAUGAAUUCCUAAGGAACAAAGGAAAGAAGGGAAGAGGGAGAGGAAGAGCCAACAGCAAGGAUUCGUAAUUGAGAAAAACUCCGCUUUUCCCAACAAAUGAGAGGGCAGCUAUGCAAUGAGGGUACAUCAAUAAGGCAAAAAUGCUGUGUAGCUUUUACAAAUGAUAAAUACUUUGGCCUAGUUGCUAAGUGGAAAUCAGCAGAGGAAUGCUAAGCAGAAAGGCAGCAGCAUGAAAUAUUGUGUGCAUACUAAUAACAAGGUAAAAAUGCAUGCUUCCAUAAUGGAAAGGGUCAGAAGAGUCUGCAGAAGCCACAUCCUCCCUUUAACAUCCAGCUCAAUGGCCUCUUAUUAGUGGGGGUGGCCACCCCCGCAGGUGCACUUGCUGAAUUAAUUGUGCCCCUCUGGGAUUCCUCUGAUGAGCUUGCUUAUUCUCUAUAGCUUAGGUAAUGUCUUCACAUAGACUUGCCUUUCCUGGUAUACAGUGAAUUCCACCUGCACACAGUAGGUAUUCGAUGAUGUCUGACCAAAAGAAUAAACCAUAAAUAGCUACUGUCUCUGUUUCAGGACAUUCUUCCUUCAGAGUUACUCACACCCACAGGAACCAUUCAGGAAAGGCAUUCCUUGGUGGUAACCAGAGAACAAUGCUUCCAAUUCUGAUUCACAAAGUGCAGCUGCAACUGUGGGUUUGUGAAGCCAGUAAGGUGAAAGAAAAUCAGGCAGACUUCCCGUCCAGACCCCAGCUGAGGCCCGGAGGGGGAAAAAAAAUCUCAUUUGUUCUGCAAGCAAACAAGUCUCACUGCUGUGGUUCCUCAUAGUUGCUCCCCAGUACAGGGGGAGAGCAGGCCUUUCCUCAGCUGAUAUAGUGGUGAAAAGCAGGAGCAAGAGGACAACCAGGAUGCUGGCCGCUGAGUAGCUCUGUGCAGGGAGAAUGUUAGACUGCACUGGAGCCUGAGGGGCUCAUGAGGGCAACAGCUCGACAGUCCAGGACCUUAGUCCCCUAGUUCUUAGCCAUCUUAUCCAAAUGUCUCUCCAUCCCUUCUGCUUACAGGUGCUUUGAGCACCAGGCUUGGGGACAGGGCUGAUAGGACAUUUUAGAAUGCCAGGAAAAAAUUCAAAGACAGUCAUUUUUCAGAGCAGUAGUGCUUAACUCUUAAAUAAAAUGUUUGAGAAUCUGGCAAGACUUUUCCAGAAAAGCUCUCUCACACAAUUCCACAUAUCUUCUCAACAGGUUCUUCACCCAAAUCAAACCAUUGUAGGUACUAACAUGAAUAUUAAAAACAAUAUGGAGCCAGGCAGUGGUAGCACACACCUUUAAUUCCAGCACUCAGGAGGCAGAGGCAGGCGGAUCUCUGUGAGUUCGAGGCCAGCCUGGUCUACAGAGCGAGUUCCAGGACAGGCUCCAAAGCUACACAGAGAAACUCUGUCUCAAAAAAACCAAAACCAAAACAAAACAAAACAAAAAACCAUGAACAAACAAACAAAAAAUAAUAUGGAUGCCCACAAAUAGCAAGACAGUAGCCCAGCCUGAGGUAAAGUUUUACCUUAAUGUGCAGCAGCUCUCUAGGGAAAGCUUGGUUCUGUGUAGUUGUGAAGACCGCCAGCACAGACCCGCUGCAGAGUCCAUGCCUGUACACCCAGGAAGGCAGGAGGGUGGGGCUCCCUUGGAUGCUCUGAUAGGCGUCCAUGCAUUCUUCUCAAGGCCUGUCAGACAAAACUGCUCCCAUUCUACCCACCAUGCAAUCAUUCUGCUGAGCUGCCUUCAACGCACCAGACCCAUGAACACACAAGCUUUAUUUAGCUCAUUUGCCUAACAACCCCCCAAAGCUGGUUGAGGUGGUGCUAGAGAACCACCAAAUUGAAGACUUGCAAAAGAAAUCAAAGGGGAGAAGGCAGCGCUUCACUCUCGGGUCAAAGUGGCGGGCAGAGCCGCUGCUGCAGUGUCGAGCAAGCGGCUGGAUGGUUUCUGAAACUGGUAUUAUAAUGCUGCAGGACUCAACAGACUGGGGUAAUGCGAGAUGAUACAAUAUACCAGGCUGAAGAUGUGAAAGAAGUCGUAAGAAGGCUUCCUGGGGAUCUUUAUAAUGACAGCAUGUUUCGAAUUAAGAGAGCCCUGGACCUGACCAUGAGGUAUCAGAUCUUGUCCAUGGAGCAGUGGACAAAAUAUGAGGAGGACCAAUUCUACCUUGAACCAUCUCUGAAAGAGGUUAUUCUGGAAAGAAAAGAGAAAGAAGAAUGGAUGAAGAAGUGAUCUUGCAGUUAAGAUCUGUGGAUGUGCCUGGUCUCAGUGUAUUUUUAUGAAGUUGUUUCAACCUGAAUCACAAUUUAAGAAUUAUUUGCUCUGCAGAUGCCUCGCUUUAAAUAAAUGCCCAUUGGAGCCAUUGGGAAAAAAAAGAAAUCAAAAGGGGGGUCCAGGCAUACAGUGACAUGGCAGGGGGAAGACAACCACAGAGCACCCCUCCUGCCAA